AUGCCUUGUGCCACUCCUUCUGCAUCGACCCGAUUGUCAUCAGUCGGUUCAUCGCGAGAAGCAUUUGCAACACAAAAAUCUGCUUCAUUUGAUUUGGUCGAUGCCUGUACUCAGGCAAACCUGUCGUGUGAUGUGAUAACGUAUGACAGCGACGAUGAAAUGGUGAAAUCGAGGCGCGGAAUACCAUUCGGUGGUCUUCGCAAUAAAAAAGGACAUCCAAUAUACUCGAGGGAAGACAUACGCGAACAGUAUUGCAUCACAAGGAAGGAGUUGGAUGUCUUGGACAGAACCUCAUCGGCCGCCCGACUCUUUGGUUGUCUGUCAUCACAUCAUUUACCUGAUAGUCAUUGUAACAAAAACUCAUUUCUGUUACUAUCAUGUGUUCAAAGACGCAAAAACUCGAGUGAAUUUGACGAAGAAUCUGAUUCCGGACUAAAAUCAAAAUCAGGUAUCGAUGAAGAGGAUAGUAGUGAUGGAGGUUUCAAACAACGUCUUAAAUCCACACAUCCUAUUACCAGAACUGUUAAACAAACCCAAAGCAAUUGUAAUUGUAAUAAUAAUGUUAAUUUUCACAACAAUACCAGUGAUAAACAAUUAUAUAGUCGACAAAACACACAAUUUUACUCCAAUUACGGCAAAGAAAGAAAUUUUAGAAGUUUUGAUAGCGACUACUCUUAUGAAACUCAUUUAAAUUCGCCACUAAAGAGACCGACAGAACUACAGCUCAUCAAUAAUUCGGAAACGAGUGAUUUCAAUACAACGACCAGCUAUAGUGUCGGUCAACUUAAUGACAGACAAUCAUCAGAUGGUUCGCUGUGGAAGAGCUCAAACAUAACGAGUAUAACUAGCGAUGAUAAUCGUAAUCUAAGCAAAAAACACGUGACAUUUGCGACCAGUCAUCUGGUAAGGAGUGCCACUGUUGGCGGCAUUAAUAACAUACACACAUCUCCACCGACGCAACCCAUUAGCGAAAGACUGGUAAAUGAGUCAAUUCAAAUAAAUGGCACACAUAUGAUGAGAAAAACUGAUUCAAUGGACUCUUUUGAGCAAAUGUUGGCAACUUCUUCGAGAAUGUCGGACAUUCUUCCACUUUAUCAAAAAGCUAUGCGAAGAGCUGUUAUGAAAACACAGGCGACACAAACUGACACAACCAAUGAAAAACCUUUUCAUCGGUCAAAUAGACGAACAAUACCCGACUAUUUAACACUUUCUCCGCGAUCUACAAAACCAGAGUCGACUGAAGAAUUGUAUGCAGAAUAUUAUGAAAGCGAUGCCGAAGACGGAGAGGAAGAUAUUCUGCAAAUAUCUUUAAAAGAGAAAAAGUUAAGAAAGAUAUCGAAAUCAAGAGUUGUAGACAAAAGCAAACAAAAAAAUCGAAGAAAGUUGCGCUCAAUUUCUAAGAUAAGUCCAAAGACACAAUCGGUAGACAUUCAGACAAAUUUAGAAGAAUUAAGUUUUCAAAGAUUAGACUCGAGUUAUAGUGAGAGCUCAAGACUUGAAACCGCAAUUAAAAUCGAAGAUUUGAGCUCAAAGUCAUCGACUGAUUCCAAUCAACUUAAGAGUGAAUCAGAAAUGUCUUCGACAACCAAUGAAUUCAAUUCUAUAGAUAGCUAUCAUUCUAUUCAAUCACAAGACUCAACAACAGUUGUCUCUGAAUUAAAUGACUCUAUAAUAACAAAUGAAGACAAACAGCAAUUGUUUGAUGAGAUUAACGAAGUUUUCAUUGUGACCACUGAUGUCACAAAAAGGCCGUUAAUUAUUGAUCCGAAAAAAAAUUCUUUAAGAAAAUCAUUGGAUAGUAGUAUAACUUCACCAGAGAGUGAUAACUACAGUUUUGGUACAGAAAUUAAGCCAUAUUUAACUACUGAACUAUCAGCUCAAGGCUCUGAUAAUGUUGAUAGUGGAGGAAGUUCUGUGUAUGUGUCAGCAAACGAGACUUCACCACAAAUAGCAACUGAUAAGACAGUUUCGGGUCAGACAUCAUACGAAACGGCUUCAUCUGGCAGUCGAUACAGUUCUCCGCCAUCGAUGGAAAACAGGGGAUCUGAUAGAGAACUUGAUUAUAACACACAAGUGUUGGAUAUAUGUGAUAAUGUCAACACUGAAAGUAAAUCAUUGAUAAUUUCAAAAGUGGAUAAUACAUCAAAUCAAUUGAAAGAUUAUAUAAUAAGCACAGAGAUUAUUGAAGCAAAUGAUGGCAAAGACAGGACAUUAACUCCAGACUCAACUAUUUCGACACAUUAUAGCACUGAACACAAUAUCGAUGAUUUUGAUUCUGAAGAUGUCGGUGAUGUCACACCAGUUCAGGAUUUAUCAACUGAUACAUCCACUGCUAUUGAAACUCAGACUGUAAUUGAAAAUAUAAUAAAGUCCAGUCUUAAGCCAAAAAUACCUCCAAAGCCUACUUUUUUGUUGGGAGAUCAGAGGAUAAACGUUACAAAAGAAAGACCAAUACUUUCCAGUAAUAACAAUACUGAUGUUGUUAUCACUUCUGACAAUACGACUUCUGAGGAAUGCGACCAACAAAGUGAUGACAACGAAGAAGUGAUAGAUGACAUGAGUGGCGGUGAUUUUAUUGUGCGCCGAAAUAUGUCCGGAGAGUUGUCCACUGUUUCUGAAGUGUCUGAAGAGAUGAGUACAAACGGCAAAUCAUACGUUUCAGACUCUGGUUCUGGUAUUCAGAUGUCUUUUAUUGAUAAAAAGACACCAAAUAUUAACAAUGACUUGAAUCAGACAGAUAUCUCUGAAUCGGGUGAUAUGCACUCUAAUACCCCGAGUAUUGCCGAAAGCACGACAUCAGGCAGUUUUAUGAUUGACGGCAACAUAACUGAACCAAACUCUUUAAGUGAAAAUAUUGAAAGACCUAAAAUUGAAAAGUCGGGCAGUUUUCCCAGUAUUUUAAACGAUAAUAACAAUAAAUCAUUUUUUAUGGAUGAAUCAGUUGUUUCUGAUAAAAUGAUCGAUAAUAUUUACGAGAAAAGACAAUUCAUUUACUAA